CUUCUUCUUCCUCCUCGCUACUGCACCCACGCGCACUGAGCUCGAGAGGGAGGAGCAAUGGCGUUCGCGCUGGUGGGGGCGUUCGAGGGGCUGUCCCUCUCCUCCACGCGCCACUCGUCCUUCCUUCGCGUCGGCGGUGUCGGGGUCGGGGUCGGGGUGGCGGUGCCGGCGCGGCGGCUGACCAUCCAGAUGGCGCACAAGAAGGGGGCCGGGAGCACCAAGAACGGGAGGGACUCCAAGGGGCAGCGCCUCGGCGUCAAGAUAUACGGCGACCAGGUCGCCAAGCCCGGCGCCAUCAUCAUCCGCCAGCGCGGCACCAGGGUCUAUCCUGGAAAUAAUGUUGGAAUGGGCAAAGAUCACACCCUCUUUUCUUUGAUCGAUGGCCUCGUCAAGUUUGAGAAAUAUGGACCAGACAAGAAAAAGGUAAGUGUUUACCCAUACGAGAAACAACCUGAGAACCCAAACAGUUACAGAGCAAGGAAGAGAGAGUACUUCCGCAUGCAGCGUGAACGCAGGAAGGCAAGAGCAGAGGGAAAUGUUGAGGUACAAUUGGUGUUGGCAGCUGCAGAUGAAAGUCCUGAGGUUAAUGCAGACUGUUGAUAAGUUCUCUGCCCCGUUUUUCUCCAUUUUCACAAUCCAUGUUUGAUAAUCAUUUGUGGAAUGUAAAUCAUCAACUGUGAGAUGAAUACAAGGCUCAUGUUCAACUCGUUGUUUAUCCAUGUUCGACUUGCUGUAUCUUUUCUGGCAACUAGGCUUUAGGGACUAUGGCGGGUCUAUUCCAACUGAACCAUCAACUGCGAGAUGAAAACAAGGCCCAUGUUCAACUCA